AAGCUCAAUAGGGAUCAUACGGACUUCAAUACAAGGUCUCACUUGCAGCCAAGAACUAAGUAGCUACAGACAGUGUGGCUAGUAGUUCAAACGGUGAGAAGCUUCAGUUCACAGUUUUUGAAUAUUUUUUUUCGCGGCGCAGCCAAGUGCUUACCAGGAACCCGCGAACCAUCAUGCAGAUCUUCGUGAAGACCCUCACCGGGAAAACCAUCACCCUGGACGUCGAGCCCGUCGACACGAUCCAGAACAUCAAGGGCAAGAUCGAGGACAAGGAAGGUAUCCCCCCAGAUCAGCAGCGCCUGAUCUUCGCCGGCAAGCAGCUGGAGGAUGGCCGCGCCUUGUCCGACUACAAUGUCCAGAAGGGAUCGACGCUGCAUCUGGUGCUGCGCCUGCGGGGUGGAUUCCAGAUCUUCGUCAAGAUGUUGACCGGCAGAUGCUUCACGGUUGACAUCGAGCAGGAGGACACCGUCGACACCCUGAAGCAGAGGGUUUCUGAAAGACUAGAGGAAAUGCCAGCGAACCAAUGCCGUCUGAUCUUUGCCGGAAAGCAGCUAGAGGAUGGACGCACAGUCGGAGAGUACAGCGUUAUCAAGGGCUCUACGCUGCACUUGGUGCUGAGGUUAAAGGGAGGACAAUGAUCGGCAUGAUCACUCGACGAAGGAUCGCGGUUCAACGGAAAACGGAAACACGAAGAAAGUACCUCGCAACAGGAUAGACUAUCUAUCAAACUGUUUUGUCUAGAUAAGAAAAACCAAACUAAUCUUAAUGCAUACAAAAUAAAGCUCGCCGAAGUAAUAUACUAUCUUUAAAA